AAGAAGAAGAAGAACUUAGCGUUGUGGUGUAACACUACUGUCGGAAACAGGACUAUCUGCUGUGACCCGCUGGACUCCCGGCUUGUCCCCUGAACAGUGAACACGUCCAGCGGUGCUGCAGUCACCGUGCCACCGCACCGUCAUGUGUCAGGUGGAAGAGGAGUACCACGAGCCGCUGGAGCGCGUGGACAGACCCGGUGUUUCAAAAAAAUGUGUCAAAUGCAAAGAGGAGCUGGCAGCUGUGGUCAUCAGAGUAGGAGAUGCAUACUGCAGGAGCUGUUUCAGAGAGAGCUUCAUUCACAAGUUCAGAGCCAUGCUGGGUAAAACCAGAGUCAUCUUCCCUGAUGAGAAGGUGCUGCUGGCUGUAUCUGGGGGUCCGUCUUCUUGCUCAAUGCUCAGACAAGUCCAAGAGGGUGUGAGUCAGAAGGCUCAUAAAAAGCUGCGGUUCGUACCUGGGAUUGUUUACAUUGAUGAGGGUGGCGCUGUUGGCCAGUGUAAAGAGAUACGACAGAAAACAACGUCUGAGCUCUGUGAGAUGUUCAGAUCAACUGGAUUCCCCUUCUACAUCCUUCCUCUGGAGCAGGUUCUGGACCUUCCUGGAUCUGUCGUUGUGGCUCCUUCAUCCCUAUCAGACCAACCGACCUCUGCCUACAAAGCAGCUGUGGACCUCUUCCUGCAGAGUGGCGGUGGGACGGAUGUCAUCACUCAGGAGCAGGAGGGCGUCUCUCUUCCUGAUGUUCAGGACUCACAGACACAGUUACUGCAGCAGCUGAUGGACUCGGCUAAAACGCUGACGGCUAAACAAGACCUCUUAAGCACACUAAGGCAGCAUCUGCUGGUGCACACAGCUCGGACCAAAGGCUACAGUAAAUUGAUGCUUGGAGACAGCUGCACCAGACUGGCUGUGAAGCUGCUCACCAGUAUAUCUCUGGGCAGAGGAGCGCAGCUAGCCGAGGACACGGGCUUCUCCGACUGCAGGUAUGGUGAUGUAGUAGCAGUGAGGCCUAUGAGGGAAUACUCUGCUAAAGAAAUAGCUUACUACAAUCGUAUGUUCAAAGUGCCAUCUGUUGUCAUCCCAAGCCUGGACACAAAGACACCUGACAAGGCGAGCAUCCAGCGUCUGACCGAGAGCUUUGUCACCAAACUGCAGGCAGAUUUUCCUUCUACUGUCAGCACAAUCUACCGGACGGGUGAGAAGCUCCAGACAGCAUGCAGGAGCUCCUCUGCUGCUGAGGACACUGACCGAUGCCUGCUGUGCAUGUGCAGCCUGGACACUGUUGUUGAGGAGGCCUCGGCCCUCCAGGCCACACUGAUCUCAGAGCAGCUCUCGCAGACCAAAGCCCCUCUUAUCAGGGGGCAAAACUCAGUGGAACCAGAACCGUCUGCUGCUGUUGGACGGUGUUGCUCUGCUGAAGGACCCUGUGAGGGAACACAGGUUGCUGCUGGCUGCUGUUCCUCUCCAAAGGAACAUGAGGCGGCUGAGCUGAGGAGCCUGCUGUGUUACAGCUGCCAGCGGACCGUCAGGGACAUGUCGUCAGUUCGACAUCUCCCUCAUUAUGUCCUGUCAGAGGCUCACAGGAGGCACAACCGGUCUAUGAUGAGAGAGCAGAUCAGUGAGUUUCUGCUGGAUGAUGACGCUGAUGAAAACGAUUAGAGGAAGAAGGCGAAACCCAAACGGCUUUAAUUUAUUAUUUUUUUGUUUUUGUAACCACAAUUUUUCAACAUUUUAUCAAUAAAACAGAUAUCCCUGAAAUCA